AUGGAUGGCUCUCUCAUCCCGAAUACAGCACAACACUACGUAGAGUGUGGUACAUAUGCGUGUAGACGAUACUCGAAAUUUUACUGCAAGACAUGUCAUCAAAGGAGAUGUGAGCAGUGCACAAUAGAGCACCUGAAGGAUCCGAGGAAAAGGAAUCAUGAAGUAGUUCUCUACCAGGAUAGACUGAAUUUUCUACCGGAAGAUAAUAAUCAGUUCAAUGUUAAGACACAUCAAGCCAACAGAUCCUUAGCAGCAUUGGAAAACUCGGACAUCCCUGAUACUGCACAACACUACGUAGAGUGUGACUCAUAUGGAUGCUCAGGGCACUUAAAAUUUUAUUGCAGAACAUGCUACCAGGGAAUGUGCGAGCAAUGUAAAUAUGAGCAUUUGAAGGAGCCUUUGGGAAUUAAUCAUGACAUUGUUCUAUACCAGCACAGGAGGAAUCAGAGGUCCCUUGCAUCAGACGCCAUAUAUAUUGAACUGUGUCGUAAGAUAGGAACACAGACGGAAGUGACAGUCAGGAGGGGUGUGCAGUAUCUUUCAGAGAUGAUACAAAAACCAUUGGAGGAAUCUAAAGCUAAUGGAUGGAGAAGUAUUAGAACAGGUGGCCGUAAGGAUGGAUUCGAGAUUGACUUUUCUGAUAAAGUGAGUUCUAUGCGCUGGCAAUGUAACCAUUACGUGAUAUGUGACUUUUCACAGGCCCAAUCGUAUAAUCUACCCAGAGAUACGCUUAUUUAUAUGCAUACCUCUCAUACACCACCAGGAUUUGCCAAAUUAGAACUCCUCACGGAAUCUCGAUCUAGAUUUGUUAUUUCUUCACUUGUCAACGCGAACAAUGCUGUUUACAUUUCCACGUCUUUAUUUAAGAAGGCCUUUUUUGAUUGUUUAAAAAACUCAAAGCAUCAUUUCAAAAAUUUAUCCAUACACGAAGCAGGCCUAAUUUUUUAUUUUACAUUUACUAUUGAUUUGUACAGAGUUGAAAGCUUUUAUUCACGCCAUUGGCCUUCCGUUGCUUCACUUUGGUUUGAUCGAAGUUUAACUAAGGUGUGGCCAUCACGAAUUGUAUGUCAAUCUAUUUUAAAAGAAGGAUUUCACCUUGUCCCUAUCGGAAGCAAUCUAUCAGUGGGUUCUAACGACCUAGAAUGGAGAAUUUCAUUUUCAAAAGCAGAGGAAAAACUUACGUAUUCUUUAAACCAUGUCCAAUUUAUUUGCUAUGGAUUACUGAAAAUAUUUCUUAAAGAGAUAAUCUGUGACAAAUUACUGUGUUCCUAUUUCAUGAAAACAAUUUUAUUUUGGAAGAUACAAAACAACCCGUCAGAUUCAUGGACUCCGUCUUCUCUACUGAAGAAUUUCUGGAAUUGUUACAAAUGUUUGAUGCAUAGUAUUUAUAGUGAGAAUUUGCCAAAUUUCUUUAUACCUGAAAACAAUAUGCUUGCAAUGCAAAUAAGAGGGCCAAACAAGUUGACACUUUUCCAGAAACUAGAACAUUUUUACAAGAUGGGGGUUUCAUGUCUUCUUUACAGCCCAUAUCUUAGAGAAAUACUUAACUCUGCCUUCAGCAAUCCUUUGCUAAUGGUACGGAUAGAGGAAUGUUACAUAAAGUCAGAGACAGAUCUUGAUAUUGCUCUUUUCAUGGAAAUUGAUUCAGUUUCAAAUUUAGAAAAUAAAGUUGACGAAUUUCGGGAGAAUAUGAUGAAAUGGAACACAAUAGAUAUGCUUUAUGAAAAUUGCGGAAAUUUUAUUUUACAGAAAUUCUUGUCAGACGCCCUCAUUUCAACUGCAAUGUCACUGAAGCUUGAAAACUCAUAUGGUACAAAUAGAAAACGCAGUUAUAAGGUUGAUAGAACAAUUAUUCAUUUAUUUGACUUUGCCUCCAAAAUAGGUUAUAUCUCCGACAUUCUUUAUCUAGCAUUGUAUUUGUAUGAUAAAGGUAGAUAUAACAAAGCCUUAAACGUUGCAGAAAUUGCGAAACGGCGGCUUACACAAGGCCAUGUCAUGUAUAACGGAAAAGUGGACCGAAAAAUUUACAGUUAUGUAGUUUGUGGCAAAUCUCUAUCAACAAAGUUAAGGAAGCAUUGGGCAAGAGACAUUUCAAUUAAUGUAGAGUUACCCUACAUAGAUGAACUGAAAUUAGAGCAGCAAAUCUGUCUGAUGAACGAAAUAAACACCAUCAAGUUACCCCCAUUAGUGACGUCACAUAUGUUAUGUGUGUUAUGUCACUACAGACUACGUAAUAGGUCAAAGUACCUAGAGUCCCUGACAGAUCUCCAUACCUUGUUGGUCUGCGACAAAGGUGUAUAUGUUCCUGUACAAUUAAGAGAUAUUUCUUGGCAGAUCUUGGGAAUCUGUCAGAAUCUUGUGGGGGAUUUCGAAAGAGCGCUUAACUCCUAUAUGGAAUCAAUUGAACAAAAUCAACACCACAAAAUCAAGAAAGCUUCCGAGAUUAGAAUAGAUGAGGUAUGCAGUCAAUUAAACUCGCAGUAA